GGAAGCUGCGCAUGGAUUGUGUGGCGCCUACCGGAGUGGAAAUUGAUGAUUGCCGCGAACGCUUACCUCGCCGACACGACCAGCCUCCUUGCCCAGAGCGCCGGUAUGACAUACGGCGUGCUGGCGGCUUUCCAACUCGGUGCCGACGACUUGGUCGUUGUUAGCAAUUCAAGGCUGGCGUUGUUGCACUCGCUAGGG